CAUCCGCGAGACCGACCUGGACAGCAAAAUCCUCGCAGACCCAUCCGAGGGCUUUCGAGAGGAGCCGCUGUGUGUUCCCCGAGGAUUUUUCGGAUCGUUUUGCACCGGGAGCUGCGAGCCAUGGCGACUGGGAGCAAGUGGACGGACCAGGGGAGCUUCGGGGGCCAAUGCAACGGGUCCAAAACCCCUCACUCGGACCCAGUGCUGCAAUACAACUACGAGAUGCACGUGAAAAUGAGUAAGAAGAUCGCGCAGUUAACGAAGGUUGUGUAUGCACUCAAUACCAAAAGUGAUGAGCAUGAGGCUUCCCUACAGGCUCUUAAGGAAGCUCACCAGGAGGAGAUCCAGAAAAUUUUUUCUGAAACAAGAGGAAAGAUUUUACAAUACAAGAGCAGAAUGGGAGAAGAGAUGGACAUGCGGCAUCAGAUCCAGAGCCUCGAAGAGGCCCUGGAGAAGCACAAGAAACUCAAAGACGACAUCUUGACUAAUUUUGAGAUGUACAAACAGCAGGUUGAGGAGCGGGAAAAGAACAUGGAGCGAGACCACGCGGAGAAAAUCAUGGCUCUAUCCAGGGAGAUGUUUGACAUCAAGAAGGAGUUUGAGAACAACUUGCAGCACUUCAUGGAAAUACAGCGCAGGUUAGAACAGGAUAAGCAGUCAGCAAUAACAGAGAUUGUUAAAAUAAACCAAGAGUCAGAGAGCCUGCAGGAAAAAUGUAAGGCACUAAGGGGCAGUUUCGACGAAAGGUAUAAAUUGGAAGAAAAGCACAAAAUGGAAAUUCUGGAUUUAAAUCAAGAGAUGGAAUGCCUCAAAUCCGAGAAAAAGAAACUAACAAUGGAUUUUGAGAAAAAAGUGAAUAAGCUACAGUCUUCUCAUCAAAAAGAGCUGGAAGCUCUGAAAAAAGCUCUGCAGCAGUCAGUGACCGAGACGCUGAAACAAUGGCAAAUUGAACAGAAAAAGAACCUCCACACACAAGAGACGACCUUACAGAUAAAACUGCAGAAACUGGAGAAUGACCUUGAUGCUAAAGGCCAGAAGAUGAAGGAAUCCAGAAACCAGUGUCAGAGACUGCAGGAGCUGCUCAACACUGCGGAGCUCAGAGUACAGGAUCUGGAAAAACAGCUUCAAAAGACAGAGAAGAAAUCUGCAACAUCAAACACAAACCUGAAAAGGAUGGAUGAUGAAAUACAAGUCUUGAAAGAGAAGCUUUUGGAACAAGAGGCUGAAAUACUGCAUAAAGCAGAUGAAAUAAAGGCUCUCUCCACUUCUGAACAAAAGGCUUUGGCAGGGGUGGAGGAGUUAAAGAAUCGGCUAUCAGAAAUACGGCAGCAGUUAUCAGUCAGGGACCAGAAGCGAAAUAAAGAUGACGAGCCUGAACACAGCCAGCAGCUGAAGCAGGUGAUUGAGAUUCUUACUCGCGAGAAAGAAGAGCAUCAGAAGAGGCAUGAGGAGGACCUGAAAAAGCUGAAACGAAUGGCUGAGGAGGAGAAGAUUCGUUUGAAAGAGCAGCUGAUGAAAGGGCUGGAAGAGCUGGUGAAGAAGCACACCGCGGAAAUCAAAGCUGUUCAAACCUCGAUGGAAAUGGAAAGAAAAAGGCUGCAGCAGGAACUUCAGAAUCAGUUGGAUGAAAUCAAAAUCAAGGUUGAGAAUGAGCGAAAGCAGCUAGAGAAAGAAAAGGAGGCCCUUUUUAAUAGACUUCAGGACUCUUUUGAGGAGAUUUCUAAGAUGGAAACCCUGGUGAAUAAGAGCGAGAAAGGCAUAGACCAGGUGGAUACUAACACUACCCACACACGAGAGAACCACAAGAGGCUAUUGCAGGAGCAGGAGCAAGCACACUGUCAGAUCCUAGAGCUACAGGAGAAACUGAAAAAGCAGAAUGAGCAGCAUGAAGCUCUGGUGUCUGCUUUACACAAGGAGCAAGAAAAAAUGAGAGAUCAACUCUCGCAUCAGUUGGACAAGAAAUGGAAAGAAAAAGUACGAUUUGACUGUGACAAGCUGCGAGAUCGGCUGAAAAAAGAAUACACAGCCGAGAAAGAGUCUGCUCUGGCUCACUUGCAGCAGGAGAAAGAGAGAGAAAUGAAGGUCUUACAGGAAAAGUGGCAAAACACAGUAGUGGCACUCGAAACAGAGCUCAUGGACAUCAAGAAGAACUUAGAACAACAAAUUAAAACAUCUCAAGAUGUUUUGCAGCUUCUUCAAACCCAAGUUGAUGAUGAGAAAGAAAAGAUGCAGCAGGAACUUUGGGAGGUUACGGGUCAAAACGAGGAGCUUAAAGUGGAGCUCGCAAACUUGCAACAACAGAUACUGGAGAAUGUUGAGAGAAGGAAACAACAGGAAGUUAUGGAGGAAAAUUACCAGAAUCAGCUAAAAGUCCUAAAAGAAGAUCUGUCAAAAUCCAGAGAAGUGUCUGAGCUGCAGAAAGAGAAAGUGAUUCUUCAGGACUCCACAUCGCAGCUCAGUGCAGAGCUUGAGUUAAAGAUUCAAGAGGCUGUGCAGCACAGCAACAGAGAAGAGCAACGACGCAGGUCACUGGAAGAGGAAUUUAAGGCCAAACAUGAAAAGGAAAUGAACUUCCUACAACAGAAUCAUCUGAAAGAAAUCCAAGGCAUUGUGUCAGAUUUCAGCAGCUCCCAGACCCGUCUCCAAGCAAAGAUAGUUUCCUUGGAAACAGAACAAAAAGAGAUGGAAGAAAAAUUCAGGAAGCGUGAGUCCAAAUCAGAAGGCAUACAGCACAUAAGCAAACUUCAGGAUACGCUGUAUGAUCGUGACCAGACUAUUAAAAGACUUCUGGAUGAGAGAAGGUUUCAUCAGAUGGCCAUGGCAAACAGCGAAAAUAACAUCAGUAGGUCUUUUGCCCGGAGUCCGUAUGCUGGAAGCUUCACACCUACCAUGAAGAAAAAGAAAACAGAAGACGUGCCAGUGCGGGUGGUCAGUGUUCCAAACCUGAGCUCAUACGAGAAAAGCUUUCUAAGCUUUGAGUCAAGUUCAACCAAUAGGUUUCCUCCAAUGACUAAGUCUCCAAGCCUGGACCAAAGUCUCAGUAGUACAUCGAGGCCGUUCCUUCAGCCUUUCCGGUCCAGCAAUCAAAAUCAGUCCAAAGCACCACAAAUGAGGAAAGAAUUGACAGCCAAGGAAGUAAAGGACAAGAUCUUGAACAGCAGGAAUGGUUCACUAAAUAUUUUUCAUUCUAAGAAUGAGCUGUGUGUAGAUUUUGUGAUAUUUGACCUCUGUUCAGUGUAUUAAAGUAGUAUUUAUUUCCAUUUUGUAAGUUAUGUUCUCACUUUUUUGUUAUUU